UUUUAAAGUACUUUAUUAAUAACAAGUUAUUUUACUAAGAGCUUAAUAAUAAUAACAACCCAUAUUUUAUUAGACACAAAUAUUAAUAAAAUAUGAAUUGGGAAAAAAUAAUAGCCUACGUGAAAAACUUACAUAUUGUAAAAUAUGCGAUUUGUUUUCAUAUCUACAAAUAAAAAGCUUUUGGCCUGUUAGAUGCUGGCAGCUGAUGACGUGUUAUGAUCUCCUGUCUGUUCAGUCACCCACCCAUGUCUCAUUCUAACCUCUCUCUCUCUCUCUCUGGAUGCGCACUAAGAGCGCGCAGUGGAUAACGGGAUAAGUGGGCGCUUUUUCUACUGGACAUAGCCUUCCGGGCAUCGGAUCAUCCUUUUGAUGUCUUGGUCAGCUUGAAAUUGUUAUGUUUAGAAGUUUGAAUAAGAGCGCUAUAAUGGAUUUGAUGAAAAUAUCAGGCUGCGCUUUGGUGAUGUACGGCGUCUCCGUGUUCGCGGCAAGGCUUCUGGAUGACAUUUACGAGCCCAGAGGCCAACAGAUAUGCAAGCGUGGCACUGAGAAACCCUGCUAUAAAAUCGCGUACUUUCAGGAUAACCGACGUAAACUCAACUUCGAAGAUGCUAGUCGUGCAUGCAGGAGUGAUGGUGGAGAUCUUCUCAGUAUAGAGUCAAAGGCUGAGCAGGAGCUUAUACAAGCUUUAAUGGAGGAACUUAAAGCGUCUGAUGGUGACUUUUGGAUCGGUCUUCGAAGGGAUCAAGGCUAUGAGGAAAUAACUGGAUACUGUCCAUCUCAGUACUACUGGCUGGAUGGAUGCCAGGCAACCUUCAGGAACUGGCACUGGGAUGAACCUUCUUGCGGGUUCGAGGUGUGUGUAGUGAUGUAUCAUCAGCCGUCAGCUCCUCCAGGCCAGGGUGGUCCUUACAUGUUCCAGUGGAACGAUGACAAUUGUGAAACCAAGAACAACUUUAUCUGCAAGUACACCAAAGAUAAACCUCAGGCACGUGUUCCUGCAGAAAAUGGAACAUUAGAAGAUGUGCUUCCAACACCCAGAAUAUCCAGAUACCCCUCCGUCACAGUAAAGGAUGAUGCCGUGAGGGGGGUUGUUACUGAACCGGCAGACAAUGCACUCAAUAUUGUCUACAUUGUACUACCUACCAUACCUCUUCUACUGCUGUUGAUUGUGGCUACAGGAGUUUUCUGCUUCAAGCUUUUCACAAAGAGCAGGAAGAAACCACAGACUGAGAUCUGCCAAAAGGAACCAGGAUACUGGGCAGCCGGAGAAAGAUGCAACAGCCCGAGCCCUGACGUCUACAACGUCAUUCGAAGGCAGCGCGAGUCGGACCUCGCUGACACUCGGCCUGAUAUCAAGAACACUUCUUUCCUUGGUUCUUCUCCAGACACGCCACCGGGAGAUUAUGACAACCUGGCAGGCAGAGACACGGAAAGUGGUUUUGUGACACUAGCCAGCACUGAAAGUGGCUUUGUGACCACUGAUAUGUAUGACACAAUGCAAGGCCAUGAAAGUGGAAGAUACUUGAGAGAUCAUGGAUGGAUGGAUGAAUUAUAUUACUACUGAUAUGCAAGAGGAAAGUUAGCUUGAGCAUUCUCCCUUUGUAUCUUUCUCUGAGUUUUUUUAUAUUAAAGAUUACCAGGUGUAGUGUUACCAUUAUUAGUGAUUCUGUUAUGAGGCUGCCAUGAUACAUGCUUUAAAUUUGAACAGUCUUUCAAACUUAUCUGUAAGCCAACUUCUGGCCACUAUGUAAGUGAAAACACUUGCUAUAAAAUGCUAUAAAAAUGAAAUAUGAUCAUGAAAAUGGUUUGCAUGACCCUGUUAUGCUGCUUUUAUUGGAUGUGCUGUGUCUGCCUCAGUAAUCACACUUUGACAAUCUCUUGCAGAAUAUUUUCCUAUGAAACACCAAAUAAUAAAAAAGUACUGUUUCUCACAUGCAAAAUAUUGGAAUGUGUAUGCCGUGAUGUUAAUGAAGCCUUAAUAAACAAAAUAAA